AUGAACUUGCUUCAGGAGAAACGCAAGGCUAUCGAAUUUGCUGCACAGUUGAAAAGACUUGAGAAAAUGAGAGAUGACAUUAAUUGGGAUGUGCCACUUACACCACGUUCUAGCAUUCAAAUUUCGGUACCGUCUAAAAACGAAAAAGCAAAAAAUCCGAGGAAUGGUAUGAAGAGAAAGAGUGUUGAUCCUAUUGCUCCGACCACUAAACCGCAAGCCCUACAUGGGUCGAACCAGUCUUUUUCUUGCGGCUCGAAUCAAUCGUCUUCUCGUCAAUCGACCGUACCUUCUUGUAUGACUCUACCUCAGCCUAAUUCUUCUUCUGAGUAUUCGCGUAGAACAGCUGUUCCAUCUUGGGCUGGUGGUCCUCCAUCGCACACAUCUUCUACCGAGUUUUCACGACGAGCGAUUGCACAUUCUUGUGCUGGUCUUGCACGAGCUAAACCAGCUUCUACUGUUUUUUCGGGCCUACCGAUUCCAUCGUCUGCUAAUAAACCGAAAUCGCCUUUUACUGAGGUUUCGCUGUUUGGAGUGCCGCUUUAUGUUCAACCCGUUUUCCGCAACUAA